AUGAGUAACAACUCUGCCACCACGCAGACGAAUCGUGAGCAAUCCGAUGUCUCCUCCAAAGUGCCCGGACACCCCUCCACCACUUCCGCCAGUUCCUCCGAACUCGCCAGUCUUAAGAUAAGACUGCAAAAUGCCUUGCGCCAGUUCCCGGACUUCCCCUCGCCUGGCAUUAUCUUCCUGGACAUACUCCCGAUCUUCGCCGACCCCUCACUCCAUGAGGACCUUAUUCGAAGUCUUGAGCUUCAUGUGCUCGAAACAUAUGGAGACCAGAAACCCGAUGUGAUCGUCGGUCUGGACGCUCGUGGGUUCUUGUUUGGACCAUCUCUGGCGCUUCGAUUGGGAGCUUCCUUUGUUCCUGUGAGGAAGAAGGGUAAACUGCCCGGUCCUGUGGAGACCCAGGUCUACGAGAAGGAAUAUGGAUCGGAUCACUUCGAAAUGCAAGCAGGUGCAAUCAAACCUGGCCAGAAAGUUAUUGUUGUCGAUGAUAUUAUCGCAACAGGUGGCUCUGCAAGUGCUGCUGGAAAUCUCGUGCAAAAACUUGGAGGCAAUUUGCUGGGCUUUGUCUUCAUGCUCGAAAUCGACUUCCUCAAGGGACGCGCGAAGCUUCACGCACCAGUUUACACCCUCCUCUCCUCAUAG